CUGCCGGAGCGGCUGCCGCUAAUUAGGGUGUAACUGGUACGGCUAAUGCUGGGUAAUUGCAGCUGCUGUGGGUGAGUUGCUGGUUUUGUCCUGGGGAGAGCGGCGGUCACGGUGAGUUACCCUGUGAUGGUGUGGUUGGACAGCGCAUAAAAAGCCGGGGAGCUGGAGUGCAUGCUAAGGGUAACUUUAUAUGUGUUUUAAAAGACUUCUGCUUCACAGUUGAUAGUCUUGAAAAGUUUUUCUGCUUGAAAGAAUGGUUUCUGCUCUGAACCAGGUGUUAAAUGUGUGUAAUCUAAAAUUUAUAAUUUCAGUAACUCUGAUAAAGUUAUUGUUGUGUGUGGGUAGUCUUCACAUCACCAGAUAUUAUUUCCAACUCUGAAGCAAUCAUGUCCUCUUUGUAGUCCCCUAAGUUUUUAAACUUUAAUUAUUAAAAAUUUAAGUUUAGCAAGGUUGCUAGCUAACCAAGCCAGCAUCCCUCCAUCCUCACGAUUCCUACUCUUAACCUGUGUAUUGUUUCAUGUGAAGGGUGCUGUGGUCCCCUACUUAGAUUUUCACCUUGCAAAAACUUGGGUAUCUUCAUGUCUUCUUGAUUUAGGAGCUGAUAUAGCAUUUAAGCUAAUUCUUUUAUUUCCUGUUAAUAUAAAUAGCAUGUUAAGAUGUGGACCUAUUGAUGUAGUCUGAAAUAACUGAGUUCUCCCAACUUAUUUCUUGAAAUAUUUGAUAUUUAUUAGCUAAGUAGAGCAGCAAUGUUAUGGUGUAGUUGUUUGCCUCUGAGUGCACAUGUAAUAGUUGUGUAUUUGGCCUUAGUUUAUGAAAAAUCCUUCAGAAUCUGCUGCUCUAAACAUAAAAAUCUUGGUGGUUUUGUGAAGACCCAACUAACUUGAGACAGAUAAGUUGCUGUCCAGACUGUGUGCCCUUAGCCUUUGCCUCCCUUUGUUAAUCUGCUGAAGAUUGUUCUGUGCAGAUGAUAGCUGUGCAUUGUAACUUUGCACACAGUUUCUCAAGUUCAUUGUGUCGAUUCUUUGAGCUGUUACUUUUAAAGAGAAGAGGGAAAACUGAACCUUAGAAACAGUCUGUUUCAGGAUUUAAGAAACGUUAAGGAAAUAGAAAGUUUUAAUUCAAAUUUGUUUUAUUACAAGAUAGUUGGAAAUCCAUUAGAUUUGCAUAAACAUGAAGAUAGUAUGUUCUAAAAGGAAAUUUAUUCAAAAAUACAAUGUUACUUUUGCAUUUUUAACUUGUGGAUCAUUUAUCCUUAAUCUGAAACUCCCAUAUAGCAAACUUCUAUAUAAAACAGAAAUUUAGAAUCAGUUUUUGAGAACAGGUUAUUUUAGCAGAUAAUGCUCCUAAGUUGUGCAUUUCAUCUUUAUGUGACUGACAGGAAGGUAAAAUGAAUCUCAUCAUUUAACUGGCUUCUAACUUGCACCAGCUGCUCAGUAACAGGAAUUUGUAGUCCUCCAAACUGAAUUAAAAUACAAUGUUAACACAUGAGCAUUUAUUCAUUUAUAUUGUAAUUGUGCCUGAAAUUUGAUGGAGACUUUGUGGCACGUGUUUCAAUUCAUUUGUCAUUUCCACUCCGUUUUUCUCUAUUCAGAAUUAGGUUUAGAAAAUGGGAAGAUAAAUUAAGAACACACCUGUGAAUCUGUGUAAUGCAGAGAGAACAUGUAUUUUUUAAUGUGUGGAAGGCAUUAUCCUAUGAGGGUUUUUAUAUAAAGUUCACAGUCAUGAUCACAGUAGUGAUAACCCGUUUGGCCACUUGGCAUAUUCGGGUGUCCAGAUGGUUUAGGAAUGGCAUGUACCAAAUACAUCAGCUGCUUGCAGGAUUUUCUGCAACUAUAAACUGUGAAGCUUGGUGCUUAAAUGGCUAAUGGACCUUAAAAGUUACCUUUUAGAUGAGUUUUUAAUGAGUUUCUUUCAACUUUCUAUUUAAAUUACUCUUGGCUUUGAGAGAGUUAUUAUUAUGGCUUUUGGAUGUGGUCCUUGCUGUAGCUCUGUAUGCCUGUUACCUUAAACUUGAUUGCCAUGAGUCUUUAGUUUAUAGUGGCAGAAAUUUGCCUUCUGUUUGUGUUUGUAGCAGGCAAGGUUGGCUGGCAGCACCCAGCUCUGUGAGUGAAGGCUUUUAUGUGUGCUGCAGUUCUCUACAUGCUCUUCCCACAAUUGGGGUUUGGUUUUUCCAUGUCAGACUGAAAGAUUUUCUUGCUGUAGGGUUCUGAAAUCUGUUAUAAGAGUGUUUGAAUUUCUUUAUCCUCAGGGUAUUGUACAAACUGUGGUCCUUUAGCAAGGUGUUGUAACUGGGAAGUGAACAAUUAAAUUGGAUAUAAGCUGUUACCUUUAGAAUUGGAUAUAAGACUUUACCUUCUUCAUUUUCCUUUCAAAAGUUAAAAAAGUAUAUGAAGGAAUUUGCACACAGAGGUAGGUUGUAGGAACAGUGUCUGCUGACCCUGUUAUCAGCAAUUCAAAGUGACUUCAUAGGUUUUUAGUUUUUGGUUCUCUAGUAGUUUCAGACAAGAUGUUUUUCUGUUUAUUUGACCUGUUGUAUCCUGUGUAGGUUAAAUUAUUAAAAUGUACUCUGGAACUAACUUGGAAAUUCUUUUUAAUAGUCUGUCUGGAGAACUGCUUCUUAGUUCUGAGAGAACUAGAAGAACAUUGCAUGCUUUGCAGUGACCUUGAAUGUGUGAAACUCCAGAAUCCAUGGACCAGCUUAGCCAUUGUCUCCCUUUUUCUGACCUGCUGACUCCAAAACUUUGGGCACUGCUUGAUGGCAAUGGCUCUGUUGUGUAGAAGGCCUCUAUUUGUGAGGUGUUUUACAAGAAAAGAAUCUGAAAAAAAAAUACCAUUUACUUCCAGAAAGUGUUAGAAAACACUUGCCAAUUUUCUAAAGUUCUGCCCUGUGUGGUUGUGUGUGCUGAGUUGUGUUGGUUGUCGGGCCUAGCAGUGUUUGCUGUUGGUGUUUGAAGCACAGGCAGUGAGUGCCUCCCAAAGUGGUGAUGCUGGGUACCAAAUGCAUUCAUCUGCUGGUGCUCAGGGUUAAGGAAAUCUCAGAUGUUGUACGCUCCAAGUGUGUCUGGCCAAUAUUUGCAUGUUGUUUAGUAAAGCUCUCCGGUCUUUAGACAAGUCUUAUUCUUCCAGAUAUCACAAAUUUUAACAUUAUUUGUGGUAUCUGGAAGAAUAAGACUUGCAGGAAGUCUUGGUCCCUGGUCUGCCUGUACUCAGUUGUGUUCCCAGCAGCUGCCUUGUCCUUAGAGUUUACUUUUAAUGAGCAUUUAUUUCUAAUUUUCUUCUCCUGACCCUGACUAGACUGCUAGAAAUCACUGUCCCCCAAACACUCCAGUGGCUGCUUCUUUCAUCACUGCUUUCCAUAAACUGCAGUUAUUUAAAUUCCAGACUGAAUUGGGUCUGCUAGUGGGGGCUCCCUUUGUUCUUUGAGAUAAAAUCUCAUGCUACACGAGAAUCCAGAAGAGAUGCACUCCAGGAGUGCUGUGCAGUGCCAUAGAUGCCCUCUGCUGUGCACUGUGUGGUCAGAGGUUGUGUCUGUGUGUCCCUGCUGUCCCUGACUGUUGUUGUCCCCCAGGGAUGGUGCUGGUGCGCACGGACGCCGGACAGCUCGUCAUGGUGCCCCAGCAGGCCCUGGCACAGGCUCAGAUGCAGGCCCAGGUGCAGACACAGGGACAGGGUCCUGCCAACAUGUCACCCAGGCUUUCUGUGCCCACCACUGGCCCUGUGUUUCGCCUCUCAACAGCUCAGCAGCCAACGUCCGUGGGCACCUCCAGCGUCCGCCUGGGGCUCCCCGUGCAAGCCAAGGUGGUGCCAUCGACAGCAGCGCCCGCCGUAACAGUAGCUACGACGAGCGCUCCCAACCUGUUCAAGACGACGGUGGCAGGUGGAGCUGCAGCCUCCCAGCAGCCUGCAGUGCUCAGCAGUGCCCAGAGCCAGGGCUCAGGGGCGGGGCAGCCACGGCUGCCACUGCCCCCUCCCACGGCAGCGCAGGUGCCAGCACAGCCCCUGGUCAUCCCCAGCUCCCCUGUGCCUGGCACCACCGUGGUCUCACAGGAAAUGCAAGAGAAUGUGAAAAAAUGUAAAAACUUUUUAGCUACCCUUAUAAAACUUGCUUCUCAUAAUUCACCAUCUCCUGAAACGUCCCGCAAUGUGAAAGCUCUGGUUCAAGAUUUGUUGGAUGCAAAGAUUGAUCCAGAAGAAUUUACAGGCCGCCUUCAAACAGAACUCAAAUCAUCUCCUCAGCCAUAUCUCGUACCUUUCCUUAAGAAAAGUCUACCUGCACUGAGACAAUCUUUACUGAACAGUCAGCAUUUGGUUUUGCAAGGCCAGCCGUCUCAGCAGUCACUCCAACAGACCAAGCUCUCUGCAGUGAUACCUCAGUCUGCCUCGGGAAUCUCCUCUGUUGUCACCACUCAGACAAUAGGAAUAAGGCAACCAAACAACAUUUGCACAGUCUCUGUAUCAAAUACAGUGCAGCCUCCUCAGGUUAAGGUGGUACAGUCAAAUCAGAGUUCUCAACUGCAGAUUAUCCAGUCAACAUCUGCUCAAACUGUGAAACGAGCCCCUGCUUGCCAGACUACCCAGAUUAGGAUGCCAGUGGUAAUAACUCAGACCAUUAGACCACAAGGCACAGUAGGGAAGGCACCAACAAUACAAGCCAGUAAAAGUCCUGGGGGCUUUGGUGUUCAGGUCUCUGCAAAUCAGAAAAACAAGCUGAAUGACCCUGGAGGUGGUUCUUUCAGAGAUGAUGAUGACAUCAAUGAUGUUGCCUCUAUGGCUGGUGUUAACCUUAAUGAAGAAAGUGCCCGAAUUAUGGCCACCAACUCUGACUUGGUUGGAUCCCAGAUGCAGUCCUGUAAAGAUGAACCCUUUCUUGCUGCUAUACCUCUCCAUAAACGCAUACUUGAAACGGCUAAAAAACUAGGAAUUACUGAUGUGCCAGCUGAGGUGGUUACUUUUAUUUCCCAUGCAACACAGAGCAGAUUAAGGACAGUGAUAGAGAAGGUGACAGUGAUAACCCAGCACCGGAUGGAGUCGUACAAAGAUGAUGAGUGGUACGAACAAGCCUCAGACGUCCGAUCCCAGCUGAAGUUCUUCGAGCAGUUGGAGCGUUUGGAAAAGCAAAGGAAAGAUGAACAAGAGAGGGAAAUUUUGCUGAAGGCUGCCAAGAGUCGCUCAAGGCAAGAAGACCCAGAGCAAGCUAGACUGAAACAAAAAGCAAAGGAGAUGCAGCAGCAGGAGCUGGCCCAGAUGAGGCAGAGGGACGCCAACCUGACGGCGCUGGCAGCCAUCGGCCCCCGCAAGAAACGGAAGCUGGAUGCUCCUGGCCUGCUCACCAUAGGAGGAGAGGUAAGUGUGCACCCAGAGCAGGGAAAUCACUCCUGCAAAGCCUCUCAGGAACAGCUGGGGCUGCUCCUGCUGCUGCAGGCAGGCAGGUGUGUCAUUUUGGAAAUGCACAUCAGCACGGGAGCCCAGCUUGGCUUGCCACAGUUAAAAUGGCAUCUCCUCAUAGUUGUAUUUUCAAGUGUGAACUUUCAGCAGGUCAUUAAAGAAUGUUUUUAAAAUAGUUCAAUGUGA